UUGCGUAUGCUAGCCAGUACCACUAUUCCACGACCUAUAGCUGAGUAGUACUCAGGGGCUGUCUAUAUGUAGACGCUGUUAUUCAAACAACUGAGCCCUGGCUCAUACCAUCUCAUAUCACGACAGUGAACCAAGCUUAAAAUUAGAUGAAGCCCAGAUCUACAGGGCUCUUAGCUCUCGCUGAAGAACUCCAAUCCUAUAUCCUGAGCUUCCUUCCUUACCAAGAUAUUCUGCGCUGUACAUCCGUAUGCAAGGCGCUUCGCCAGACGUACACGUCCUCGUCCGAGCUUCAGUAUAUCACUGAACUUGGUGGUCAACAAUUACUCCCUGUCCCCGACACAGAUCUCGACAACCACACUUCUAUUUCCAAGCGCCUACAGCUUCUGCGGGACAAAGCCCACGCAUGGUUCAAAUUUGAUAUCCAUUCUUUCAAAACAAUUUCUAUACCAGAACAAUUCCACGACGCUAAAACAUCUCUCGCCGACGGGCAUCUCUGCUUAUUCAACGAAGAUGAACAGUCGGCUAAGAUCUUUCCAAUACUGCCAAAACCCUCACAAUACAAGAUCGAGCGUGAUUGGCCUUCAGGAUCACUGUGUUCAAUCCCAAAUGCAGAUAGUAUAGAGGUAUUUAUGGACCCAGCGCAAAACUUGAUUGCCAUUGCGUGCAUGAUUGCCGAUGAAACCCUCGGGAUGGAUGAUGAGAGGUUGUAUAUCGACCUUGGAGCCCUGGAUGGAGAUAGUGGUGUCCACCCCGAAGCCGCUGGAAAGACGUUGUUUCUGUCGGCGCUUCCAAGAUGCGAGGACGGCCUUUAUACGAUAGAAAAUUGGAAGCUCGAGGGUUUGGGGAAGCUUAUCGCUUUCCGGCGUUCUCUGCUGGUUCAUGAAGGCAGCUAUAAAUUCGGCGAGGAGAUAUGGUUUUUGCAGAUUUGGGACUGGCAAAAAUCAACGACGUCCAGUUGCGUGCUCAGUGACACAAUAAUAAACCCGGAGGUCGGGGAGUCGCUUGAUUUUUGUUUCCUCGGAAACGACAGACUGCUGAUUGUCAGCAAGGACUUGAAGCUCUAUUCAAUUGAGGAUCUGUCACAGGCACCUCGACUACUGGCCUGCUUCCUGAUGCCUGUAUCAGUGACGGGCAUACAGUGUCUUCUUCCGAUGGACGACAUUGCACAUAGCUCACAACUGCAGAUGCAAGCCCAACGAACAAUGUGGACCUCAGACCCUAAAAAUCGGAUAUUAUCCCUCAUCACACGCACUCGGGAUGCCACAAACUCAUUCACAUUCGUCAUUUCCACUAGGAUUUUCUUCGAUCCCCAAGCCGGGGCCUUUGAUGGAAUGGCAGAAAUCCCAUGGGAAUGUUGGGGUCCUCUGAAUGCUCGUGUUUUCGUGCACAACUGGCGGUGCAGAGUUGGCGUUAGCGGGAAUCGAGUGUUGCAAGCAUUUCCUGCAACGGACGCGACAGCGGAAGAUCACCCGGAUGACAUGGAUUAUAAGUUACAUAUGAUGGACUUCAGCCCGUUAGCUGUUGAGCGCCGGGAGGGUUUAGGAAUAGUAGUGACAGAGCCAUCUACGAUAGAAAUCUCCGAAUCGGUAGAGACGUUGACGACGUCCCUGCCUUACGUGGAGGUCGUGUCGGAUAGAGUAUUUGGUUCCGACCAGGUGAUAGACAUAUGGGUUGAUAAGGACAGGAUUUAUUUGCCCAAGUUGACUUCAGAGGGAAUUAGAAGAUAGCGAUGGUAUAGACAAGCUCGAGGUCAUUGAGAUUUAGAGCGGGACCUG